AAAAUGCAGAAGUGAAUUUAAUACAGUGCUGAUGCUUUUUGCAGGAUAUAGCUUAUAUGUUUGUGAGAGUGGGGAUGUGUGAACAGGCUGUGUCAGCCUUUCUGAAAUGUAAUCAACCAAAGGAUGCCGUGGAUACCUGUGUGCAUCUCAACCAGUGGAAUAAAGCGGUGGAGCUGGCUAAAAAUCACAAUAUGAAAGAGAUUGGAUCCUUGUUAGCCAGAUAUGCAAGCCAUUUACUGGAAAAGAAUAAAAUCCUUGAUGCUAUAGAACUCUACCGUAAAGCAAAUUAUUUCUUUGAAGCUGCUAAGCUCAUGUUCAAGGUAUCACAGGUUUUAUUUUUAUGUCAGAUGACUGGGGUUUUUGGACUAGCUCUUACUAUUUCCAUGCUACUUUUAUUCUCUUGGGGUUAUUUUAGUUUUAACAAUGUCAAGGCAAUUAAGCAGAUGUCAUCAUACAGGAUACUGCAAAGAUUAACCCAUCUCCCAGAGUUCAGGUAUCUCUAUCAGUAAUAGUUACCCUGGAUGGCCUCUGUAGCUAGUGGAGAGGAAACUGGAGACACAAGCUAUCUAUUUAUUUUGAGA